UUUUUCGCUUGCUCGUUACAUGUGUUUUGAAAACGCGACUUGUACUGUGGGUAUCGUAGCCUUUAUUGAUUGAAUGAUAUAAGAAACGUUCGUACAGUUAGCAGCUAUGUCGUUUGUUGAGGACGAAACAUCGGACAGUGGGGUGGACUCACGCUCGCGAUUGGAAAGCUAUGUGUUCAGUUGUGAGUUGUCUUCUGAAGUUCCAUUUUACACAUUUCAAGCAGACGAAGAUGAAGACGUGGAACAUUUUCUGGAGCUCAGGACGAUUUGUCUGGGUGAUGGUGCCAAAGAGGAGAAUAAUGUUGUGGAAGUGACCGCUAUGAAUCACCAAGGAAAGAAAAUAUCUGUGCCUGUAGCUAAUCUCAACAUUUCCUGUCUGCCUAUGGUAAGCCUUGGGGAGUUUGAGUUGAUGGCUCCUGUCACACUGCGGCUGAAAUCUGGAUCGGGACCAGUGACUGUCAGUGGGUUACAUUUAGUUGCCACAGAGAAUGAAGAGUCUGAAAUAUCAGAUGAAGAAGAUGAUGAUGAUGUUAGUGAGGAGGAAAUGCCCUCAGUCAAACCAGCAAAGAAAAAGCAAAUUUAAAUCUCACAGCAGCUGAAAUUGAGAUGUUUACAUCAGACCUUUAUACAUUUUAUAUAAUAUUAGAUGUAAUGUUCUUCUAUGAGACAUGAUGGAGGGUGGUGAAGUAUUUUCUGGAAUUUUGUACUGUCAGAUUGUACAAAUGUUAAAUAGAAAGGUUGAAGCCUCAAUGCAGCCAGCUCUGUGAACAUUUACUUCAUUAAAAAAAAUGUAUAUUGGUUAAUAGUAAUACUGUUACUUAUGUGUAUGUAAGUAACCGCCAACACCAACUUUCAGGUUCACUCUCAGUUGGGAGACCCACAAAUUCACAGUUCUGUCACCAUUGUGCCCUUGAGGGCAUUUAAGGAUUAUUCCAGAUGUACUAUCCCUGUAACACACUGUACCAUGACAGUGAAAAGCCUGUCAAUCUGCAUCUGUCUUCAGGGAAAGCACCAGCAUUGUUCUCUCCAGAUUUUCUUCUUAUCACGCAUGAUUUUUUUUUUUUGUUUGAACUUUUGUUAUAAUUAAUAUUUUUAGUUUUUUUAAAUUUGGCAAGUAGGGUUUUUAAAUCUUUGUCCCUUUUUGAAGGACCGUUAGAGGGACGUUUUGAAUGGUGCAUUUGAUGUUGAGAUCAGUCAAGGAGGACUUCCCAUUGUUGUCAUUUUGUAUUUUUACAGAUUUAUUUACAAUAAAAAUUUGUUGUUUUAGUAGAA